CAGAAGCAGUCCGCAUAAAGUUCCCACCAGGCACCAGAGAACAGAGUGUGCGUAGUUUGACAAUUACUGUCCUCGAUAGAAGGCAUUAUUUACGGAUAGAGACGUGAUGCACCUUUGCGCAUUACGCGCUGUUUGUGGCUAAGGCAUUCCAAUGGCUGAGGAGAUGGAAGACUUAAACCAAAGCGGAAUAAUAAACAAGUCGUUAACGGAUGAAGACCGUUUCCGAAGCUUGGAAGACAUCGAUGUCGAUGGAAGUCCCGUUUUGAGAUUUUUGAUCUCGAUCACCUACUCGAUUGUAUGCGCUGUGGGUCUAGUUGGAAAUUUACUUGUCUUGUUCUUCAUCAAAGUACGAAAAGAGAGGCGCAAGUCUAAAAUAAACUUUUUCAUACUUAAUCUAGCUGCUACGGACUGCCAGUUUGUUCUAACUCUGCCUUUUUGGGCUGUGGACACUGCGCUGGACUUCAGCUGGCCAUUUGGAGAUGCCAUGUGCAAGAUUGUGCUCUCCGUCACCGUCAUGAACAUGUACGCAAGUGUGUUUUUCCUGACUGCAAUGAGCGUUACUCGGUACUGGUCGGUUGCCUCUGCGCUGAAAGACCGAACCCGAAAGAGAUCUUGUUCGGUGAAAUGGGUCUGUGUGGCGCUUUGGGUUCUGGCCACUGUAGCCACAGCACCAACGGCUAUUUUUUCAACUGUCACAAAUGUCGCUGGAGAAAAACUCUGUCUCCUGAAGUUUCCAGAGGGACAGUACUGGCUGGCUGUCUAUCAUCUACAGAAAAUUUUAAUAGCUUUUAUCAUACCUAUGGUUAUCGUUUCAGUCAGUUACUUGAUGUUAGUGAGACUCAUUCGGCGUUGCAGUAUGAAGAAUAGUUCGAGACGAAUAACGCAAGUAACCAAAUCAGUCACCAUUGUCGUUCUGUCCUUCUUUCUCUGCUGGAUGCCCAAUCAUGCUAUUACAUUCUGGGGUGUUCUAGUGAAAUUUAACGUUGUCUAUUGGGAUAAAACAUACUAUAUGGUUCACACUUACAUAUUCCCAGUUACAGUAUGCCUUGCCCAUGCCAACAGCUGUUUAAACCCAAUUAUUUACUGUCUCAUGCGGAAGGAGUUCAGGAAAAAACUAAAGGAUUUGGUCUCUCUGAAAUGAACGAUAUUAUUUGUGCCUGGAAUUGUGAUGCAUUUGAUCUCUGUCUCUGUCUCUCUUCUCUCUGGCAUUGAAAUAAAUUUGGUAAGGCCUGAGCAAAUACACAUGUUUGUAUUGGUAUAGUAUGUAUUACAUACUAUUACAUAGUAUGUAUUUGUGUGGUGCAUGUGUUGAGACUAUGGCUGAAAGUAUAAAAAGCAGAAUAUGCUGUGAAAGAAAAUAUAAUUGGAUUGAAAUAGUUUUAAGUUAUAAUAUCUGAUGCAUCUCAUGUAUAAGGUGGCAUACAUUGUCAUUCAUGCUGACUUUUGUGAUGACCAUACCACAAUAUGACAAAACACUUCAGUAACCUUUAUCAAGAUGGAUCCUUUUACAAGAAAUCAUCAUGAAGCUGAGCCGUGGUUAACCACCAGUAAUUACCAGUACAUCUGAGUCAUUUGCCAUGGGUUAAUUUACAUUUCGCUUGGCAUUCAGCUUCAAGCAGCCAACUGUAUGUGUUUGUGUUUGUAUGUAAAUAUACUGUAUUAAAGUGUAAAAACAAUGUAAUGCUCUCUGCCGAUCCUGUUGCUUACAUUUGAUCAAUUCAACAUGUUUUAAACAUUCAACAUGUCAACAUGUGUUAGUGUCUAUGUUAAAUGUAUAUGGUUAUGUACAUGAGUAUUAUAUGUAUACAUUUUAUUGUCUGCAUUUGUUCUUCUGUUUUUCCUUUUAUCAGUCGUUUUAGUCAUCAAAGGUGUGUGACAUGAAAGUGUUGUGAAUCAGCCUCAUUUUUUGUAAAUGUACAUACUGCGUACUUCUUGAAGGAUUAGAAUUCAAUGAAAGCCUGUCUAGAUGCCUUUUGCCUAUCACCAGGUGUGAAAUGUUAAUGUUUGUAGAACAGCAUGUGUCCAAGCCUCUGAAGGACUUCCCAGGAAAGGGGGUAGUUUUAAUUAAAAGACAAUAGAAGCUGACCAGACCUGAUGAAGGCCUAAUCCUCAUCCUCCCUUUCUAUUGCAUAUUCAAACUGGGUUGGACCUAGAGGUCACUCCUUCUCUAUGUGUGUAACUUUAAAUAUGGUAGACUGCUUCUGUAUAGUCAGAGAAUACUGAGAAUCUGGUGAAAUCCAUGAUGGGGUGAAACAAACAUGUACUUCUCUCCCUUGAGGGCCACUGGCCCCUCAUUGAAAAGAAUAAA